UUAGACACCGAACAGACCGGACAUCAGUACACACGCUCAGGGAGAGACUCUGAACGACAAACAUGAGGUCGUCGCUAUGUCGUGGAAUAACAUUUAAACAGAAAAAGAAAUCUUGAAAUUUGCUUUCAGAGUGGAGCUCUUUGGCAGGUCUCUUUCCCCCAUCUGGGAUACGGUGACAGGGCGAUCAGCGCAAGAGAAUGAAAUCCCAUGAGGGAAACCUGGGGAGAGAGAUCUCUAAGGUACAUGGGAUGGUGUGUGAGUUGAGGGCAGGGUUUUCUCGUGCGCUGCUGGAGCUCAAUCAGAUUCAGCAGGGAGACACUGAGCUGCAGAGCCAGCUGGAGGACACGCGACAUGGCUGCAACAAGCGUGCUCUUCACCUAGAAAGUCUGGUGCUGUCCCUCAAGGAUGAGUUGGAGGAGGUACGUAGUCAGUUUCGUCAGCUCUGUGCGGCACAAGACAGACAACCACCAGAGAAUCCCGGAGGAGAAAGUAACGGAGUUGAUAAUAGUAAUGGACCGUGUGAUGAUGGUGCUGUAGUCGCUCCUCCCCCUUCGUCUGUGGAUGGAGCUCUUCUUAUAAACUGUUACCUGCAGGGCUUGCGAGUGUGGCAAACGGCCAGACAGAAUACAGGCAGGAGGCGGGGAGUGGUGGAGAUGCUUUUGCGAUCCGAAAGGGAGUAUGUAUCUAGUUUGAAUCAGCUUUAUGACAAAUACAAAUCAGCACCAGUGAGCGCAACUGAGAAACAGAACAGUGUGGAGUUUCUAAAGCACGUUGAUCAUAUGCUACAACGCCACCUGCUGUUCCGCAACACCCUAGAGGAACGUCUAACCACGGAUGAGAGAAGCUGCGCGGCUGGAGAGGCUUUUCUCAACCUCACAGGACAAAAUAAUAAAUCUUUCUCGGAGGCGUAUAUUGGAUAUGUGUCUGGUUUGGCAGCCAUUCUGACAACAGAGUUCAGCACAAGUUCACCACACAACAAUCCAGAAAACUCAAAGGAGACAGAGAACUUCAGAUUGCUCGCACUGUUGUUUGCUCCUGUUUCCCGCAUCCACGCAUACCUGAACAUCACACAGGCUCUGUUACACAGUUCUGGUGCUGGGCAUGCAGACUGGUGCUCACUACAGGAAAGUGAGCGGGUGCUGCGGAAUCUCUGCACAAGCUGUCACAUGACCUUAGAGAAGGCGGGGCCAUGGGAAGAGGGGGCGGGUUCUGAACAAGGUUUGAGAAGCAGGUGCUGUGCCGAGAGCCCCGACUGUGGCCCUUCCGCCUUUACCAAGUACUGCGCCCGUGCCAACGCAGACACAGCCAACGACACAGCGGGCCCGGGCACAGACGGAACUGUUCACCAGAGAAAGUUCUGUCGUGUUGGCCUUUCGCAGACGCUACCUCGGCCCAGCGGCAUCUUGAGAAAUGUCCGUGAGUAUAUAUGUGAACCGCCCCCUGGUAGCUGGACUGCGCAGUAUAUGUGGAAUGGCCGUGGACGUCAGAACCACGCAAGUCCCGCCUGCGCACCCUUCCCUCAUCACCCCAUAGAGCCCAGCCGGUUUUUAAAUCCUGGACCACCUGUUGGUGGAACCCUUCCCACCGCUGUCAAGAGUCCAAACUCCUCUGCUAAUCUUGCCGUACGUGUAUGUGGGUCUCCGGGACUCGAUGGACGCGUAUACACAUCUGACCCUCCGCCUCAUCGCCUGGAUGAUGGAGACACAGAUUGUGACCUGGCCGACACCUCCGUCUUUGACUUUUCUUCCGUGACGACCUGCAGCCCUGAUGAGACCCUGGAACGGCUCAGGAGGGCUGAGGCAUGUGAUGAGGAAGAUGAUGAAGACAGCGAGAUUCCAGUUCUCCUCAAACCAUCAUACACUCAUAACACUGCAACCGUGCAGACGGGGGGGAGCUUAUGCAUGCCGUGGCAGAUUCCAAGACGGGUUCCUAUUCCUUCUGGGGUGCGAAUUGCGGGGCAGGGAAAAACACGCAACCCAAAAGUACCCAGAAUACCCACCAGUGCCUUUCGGCCGAUAUGGGACCCAACAUAUUCACAGGGGGAUGUGACUCCUGCAAAAGAGAACUCUGUGACUUUCAGUGCAACCAAUCAGAUCAUCAGUCAGCAGCAAGAGACUGACCAAUCACGGACUGCAUAUAGAGGUGCUGGUGUUCAGAGAGCUGAAGCAGUGUGGCAUGACAGUGAAGACAGCGAAGGACCCUGCAGUACAGUCUGACACACUCCCAAAACAAGCCAAUAUACAACUGAUAUUAAUGAAAAGGCACCAGGAAACUAAUCAACUUCAACCUCAAAAAUCUGAGUGAUGACUGUCUUCACUGUGAACUGACAUGCAGCACCAGCAUGCUCACACCUGCAGAACAGUUUCUUGUGAUCACUACUGGAAUGUUUGAUUUUUCUAACAGAACAACAGCACGUUUCAUUCGUCAGUGAACAACACUUGUAACAGAAUGAAUAAAAACGAGAUCAGAAUAAUAAAAAUCUUCAGUAGAAAAUAAGACUGUGUGUUUAUUAAUGAGUCUCAUGGAGAACAUGGUACAAAAGCAGUUACAGGCUUUGAAUGCGCGCGCACACACACACACACACACACACAUACAGACACACGCACACAAACACACAGAGUGAGUUUUUUGGGAAUUACUAACACUUCAACCAAUUGACCAGUUAACAGCUGUGAACAGCCUCAGUGGGAAUGGCCGGGUGGGAGAAUACACGUACAGGAUGUGACAUCACUACAAAACACUGCAGAGUCCCCUAUGGCUGAUUGCCACGAAGACGGUUUCCGUGGUCACCUCUAUAGGAAUUUGCACUAAUGACGAAGCCCUUCCUGUGUGAACCUUGUUUAGUAGCUGGAGAGGACCUGAAUGAGAGCAAGAAGCAUGAUUACAACAGAACAUUCUGCCGGGAGCUUUAAGUUUCGAGUUGGGACGCAGUCUUAUGGUUGUCCCGACCAGCCCCAAAUGGGGGACAGCAGGACAGGGUCAUAAGGUCACAGGAUUGUGAGUUUCAGUCCUCUUUUCUGUAACAGUACUGCCCUAAAGUGCAAAAAGGCCCCAAACACUCAAAGACACACAAACUUUACACUGGUCCACACCAAACACUCUACAACAGUGUGAAUCUGGUAGGUCUCAGACUGAGAUUGUCAGUAGAUACGUCAGCAACUGUCGGCCAUGGCGACCAGGUGGGAAGUGACAGUAUAAAGCCAGGGCAGAUAUGUCACUUUGUACAGAAUACUUGGAGCUCGCGCACACGCACAAACAUGCACCGUGAAUAGAGGUGUUACGCAGACAUUUGUUCUAAGCAUGGACAAGACGAAUGGUUUUCAGACACA